GAAAGUGCUGAUAGUCAUCUCGAUGGCAAAGUUACGUCGUCGAAUGCCAUGCUUCGAACGGCCACAUGAAAAUUGUUUCUUCUCAUCUAUCCAACUGGUACUAUCCAACUAUCCAUCAGUCUGCAAUCACAUUUCAGGGGUUGAAGUUAAUGAUAGCAGGACAUCACGACCAUCGCCACGCUUUUGGAUGGAAAGGAAGAUGGCUGGUAAUCACUCCUUGGCAGUGCGACUAAUCAGAACGCGUGCGCGCAGCGUCACAUCACGUGUGGUAAGUGAACACGUAUGUGACCGUCACGGGCUCGCUCUUGAAACGGUAGUCGAUCCAGUCUCGUUCCUCUCCGUCCUUUCAGUGCUCGAUCGAAAAUGGGUGUGCCGGGUCUAUGGAAGGUAGAAAAUAUAAAUCCGUUACUGUUGCAUGCAUUUUCUGAAUGAUCGUCCCAAGGAACUUGAGCCUGCAGGAAAAGUGCGCUCCCUGACGGAAGUAGCUGUGGUCGAAGGCUUCGAGAACAACUCCAACGGAUUGCGCGGAUUCAGAAUCGGGAUAGACGCCAGUAUCUGGUUCUUCCACGCUGCGUAUGGGAAAGAGGGGGAGAACCCGGAGCUCAGGACUAUGUUCUUCCGCUGCGCCACGCUCAUGCAUGCGCCGUUCCUCCCGCUGUUCAUAUUCGACGGACCACUGCGCCCGGGACAGAAGAGGGGAAAGAACAUCAACCGACAGAGUCAUAAGCUCACGACGGGGAUGAAGGAGAUCGUCGAGUCGUUCGGGUAUGAGUGGCGGGUGGCGCCUGGGGAAGCCGAGGCCGAAUUGGCGUACCUCAACCGCAUCGGUGUGAUAGAUGGCAUCCUUUCAGAUGACGUCGACAACUUCCUGUUCGGUGCCACUACCGUGAUACGCAACUCCAGCAACAAUCUCUCUGGAAAUCGUUCAAACCCGGUCCUCAACUCAGAUGGCCGGGACGACAAAAACCAUUCGCGCGUCUUCCGCAUUGAGGAUAUCACGGACAAAACGGGCUUGACGCGGGGGGACAUGAUCCUUAUCGGGCUGUGCAGUGGCGGAGACUAUGACACGAGCGGGAUGACUGGAUGUGGGCCAGGCAUCGCGCGGGGACUCGUCAAGUAUGGGUUUGGUCGGUCCCUAUACGAUGCUGCGAAGAAUCUCCCCGCGAGGGCCUUCCUGCGUUUCCUGGGCUCGAAGCGGAAGAAGCUAGCGAGUCAGAUACCCGACGCGUUUCCGGAUAUCGAUAUUCUCUUGUCCUACGUCAACCCGAUGACGUCUGAAUCUAUGGGGCGAGCCAGUGACAAUCUCAAUCUCACGUGGCGGAAGGAGCCAGACCUAGGAAAGCUCGCGGCCACUUGCGAGUUCUACUUCGAAUGGGGGUACCGCGACGCCAUAGUCAAGCGCUUCAAAACGGUCAUCUGGCACGGCGCUGUCAUGCGCAUCCUGCGAAGAGCUGUUUUGGACCUCGAGGAGAAAAGGCUCGCUGCGCCGACGACACCAAGGAAGAAUGCAAAACCGCCCGUGGAAGGAACGCCGUCCAAAUUGAUCACCAGGCAUUUCUCGUCGAUGAAUAUUGACUCGGGCGACAGUGACGCUGACGACGACGAACAGCUCAUGUCCAAGAUCACCCGCGCGCGCAACCAUGCUUCGACAGACGGCAUCUUAGAGUAUCGAGUGGAGGUUCGACCGGGCCAGCUCGUACGACUGGCCGAGUCUGGAGUCAAGAACACGCGCCGACCGCUCGAUGUCGACCCAUGGAUCACACCUGAGCAGAGACGCGCGCAAGAGCAGAAGGAGAUCUUGCUGUGGAUACCGGCGAGCAUGAUGCAGCUGGCUGAGCCCCGGCUUGUGCGUGAGUUUGAGGACAAGGAAGAGGCGAAACGGGCGAAGAAAGCGAAAAAAGGUACUGGGACGAGAUCUGCCGCUCCGAAGGCUAGGAGUCCGAAGGCUAAGAGGAUUGUCAAGAAAGCCAAACCCGUCGUGGAAGAAGAUACGGAGGAGGAGGUUCCGAGGAUAGUGAUCAAGAAACAAGUCAAGGCUAUCCCGGAAGAGGAAGAGGAGUCAGGGCCGAGCACUCCGUCCAAACCCAAGACGGCCCCGAAAGCUAAAAUGACUUUGCCCUCGGACUCGGAAGACUCGGAAGACGACCAGUUGCCUGUUUUCAGCAAACCAAUGCCCGCCAAGAAGAUCAUCAAGACCGGCGACGACCCAUUCUUACAGUCGGCGCCUCUACGAGUCGUGCGAGAUUUGACUAGAGGCAAAUCACAAGCGCGGAUGAACGACUUUAUGCCGCUCGCACAUGCUCGGGCUCGCUCCAAAGCAACGGCGAGUGCUCCUGUACGGUCACUGUCAGCUGUCCUGGGGGUGAGUAACCGUCUUGACGCCGUCUCCGCCCCACGUACGAGUGGAUCGUCGGAUCCAACGAGUCAACCUAGUGUUCCCGCAAAGACGGCACGGCCGUUCCCGUUAGCGGGCCAGGAUCGGUCACGUGCGCGCCAGCGGUCCAACUCGUCCGAUUCGGACUCGCGUCUGUCGACGAAAGUGCUCAAAUCUCCACGGAAGGCAAAAGAACACACAUCGCCAAGGAAGGGUCCGACUGCCUCUCGGGCUGCUUCGCCGACGCCAGGUGCAAGACGGCCCCUAGUCAAGCCCGCUGUGAUCGACAUUUCUAGCGACUCGGAGGAUGAGCCUAGGCCUCGUCUCCCAGCGAAGGAGAUUAUAGAUCUUAGUGAUUUAUGA